AUGGCCACACAUCUCCGCCUCAACCUCGCCGUUAUGCCGAGUACUACCUCCAAAUCGACGGCGAAGCCGAGAUACCAGACAGUUAAAAUUCGCUGCAUAGGAUGGGACCCGGAGGGCAUCCUGGGAGCACCAAAAGCCGGGCACAUAGCGAGGCUCGAGUUCAAGAAGCGCCUCGAGAAGGACGCCGAUGCACGAGAAGCUUUCGAGCGGCAGGUGCGAGAGGAGAAGGAGCGCAGGAAAGCCCUUCGCGAGUCUCGGAUGAUACCGGAUUCUAAGGAGGGAUUGGUCGAGUAUUUGUUAGAUACAGAGGCUCAGGAGAUUGAGUUCGAGAUUGCACGAUUAAGGCCUCGAUUGAAUGAGGGUUUUUUCUCUCAUCUGAAAAUUGAGCUAGGAAAACUAAGGUUUGCUGUGUCCAAGACCCAGGAUAUGGAAGACAGAGUAGUCGAGCUGGAAACUCUGGAAAAAGCCCUGCAGGAAGGGAUAGAAGCAUAUGAUAAGAUGCAAUCCGAUCUCGUAACAGCAAGGAAAAGCUUGAUGAAGCUUUUAACAUCAGAUGACGUCAAGGCAACUCUGUUAGACAUGGUUGAGCAGAAUGAGCUGAAUAGAUCGUUGUUGGCUCUUCUUGAUGAAAAUAUUGCAAAUGCGUAUCUGGGAAACCAGACGCAGGCGGCAGAAUAUAUGGAGAAGAUUCGUGGAGCCAUGCUCAAGUAUAUAACUGUUUGA